CUUGUGUCACAGUUCUGUCGGAGAUGGGAGGUGUAUACAUUUCGCAACUACCUCGCGUGAGGAGGUUUUUCAAUUUUUCUGAUCAGUUCCACGUGGAUGUCUGAUAACCAAGGGGGGUAAAGGCAAAGGAGCUUUACAGGAACCCGCCCUUAACCAUUCUAUAACGCAGUGACGUCAUUUUGUUCGGCAUACACUGCUAACAAGCUAGCUAGCUUGCUACCUAACCAACGCACAUUAUCAGAAUGGCAGGUGCUGUAAGUAGCAAAGGUUGUCAGAAGAUCAAAGGGUCUCAAAUCAGAGAUCUGCUAAAUGCCAAACGCUUUGUGCUUUUUGACUGCGAUGGGGUAAUUUGGAAUGGCGAAACGGCAGUGCCCGGCGCUCCAGAGGUAGUGAGUUUGUUGAAACAACAAGGCAAAGGGGUGUUUUUCGUUACCAAUAACUGCACCAGGCCUAGAGAAACCUACGUUCAGAAGUUUUCCAGAUUGGGCUUUGCCGAUGUCGCGCAGGAAGAGAUUUUUAGUUCGGCGUACUGCUCUGCGGUUUAUCUGCGAGACGUGGCUAAGGUGCAAGGCAAGGUCUUUGUCAUCGGAGGUAAUGGAGUGUACAAGGAGCUCCGGGACGCUGGCGUGCCUUUCGUGGAGGAAGAGACUGAUGUUUCCGGAGAGAGCAUAUACGACUGUCCGUUAGAUUCGGAGGUUAAGGCGGUUUUGGUUGGCUACGACGAAAAAUUUAAUUUCCUGAAACUGGCAAAGGCUUGCUGCUACUUGCGGAAUGCGGACUGUCUCUUUCUGGCCACAGACCCCGACCCCUGGCAUCCGCUGAGAGGUGGUAGAGUUACACCAGGUUCGGGUAGUCUAACCGCAGCCCUGGAGACGGCCACCGAGCGCAAGGCCACCGUCAUCGGCAAGCCCAGCCGCUUCAUGUUCGAGUGCAUCGCCAACCAGUUCGGCGUGGACCCCGCCCUAGCCCUCAUGAUCGGGGACCGCCUGGAGACGGACAUCCUCUUCGGGGCCAACUGCGGGCUGGACACCAUGCUCACGCUCACGGGGGUCUCCCAGAUGGACGAGGCCGAGGGCUACAAGGACAGCGACGCCUUGGAAAAAAAGAACUUUGUGCCGGACUACGUGGUGGACAGCAUCGCCGACUUCCUGGAAGCUCAGGAGGAGGACUGAGGAUCCCGCCAAAGCCACGCAGUCGAAGCAGAGCCGACAGCCAGCAGCGACCGCAGGGCAGCCUCUCCGAGGACCCCCUCCUCUCUCUCCUCUCUCACCGGACUCCACUCUCUCUUCCUCCACUGCGGCUACAUGGGCCAUUCCGUUCUUCAGUCCUGGCAGUUUCAGUUAAACCCACGUCAGCCGUCCCGCAGGGGCGUGGGUUUGAGAGAACGUUUGAACACAGAGAGCGACCCUUCUAUUAGCACACAUUCAGAUGUAUUCUGUGGAAACUCCGUUCCAAAAGCAGCCUUUGGGCCCUCUUCACUCUUGGGGAUUGUACUAGUGAUAAGACCGCAGUUAAAAUCUGGCUUCUCAAAUACAGUGGCCAGUGUUGUGCCCUUUGAGAUAAUCACCCUGACUAGGCACACUACUCUGUGAAAUUGUGGGGUGUGAGUUCGCAUUGCCCUGUAUGGCCCGGGAAGCUUUGCCUUGCGGUGUAUUAAAAUAGCCAAGAUUAUUAUUCAUAAUAAUGUGCCCCCUGCCUCACGCAGACCACUUACACCAAAUUUCUUCUGCUGAAGUAGUCUGUGAUUAGUCUGAAAAAUGUAGGCCUCUGGUUUUCAUGACAGGUUGGAUAUGCUUUUCGCUCAAAAUCAGCAGUUGUUUUGUUUUUUUUUCUCAGGGGGAAAUUAUGCCAACUCAAACCUCCCCUUUAGAGCUCUUAAAACUGUAAAUGUAAAAAAUAAAAUGUCUGAAGGCCAAAGUUCAGUCCAGGUACAGGGCCUCCCCAAAUAUUAACUCCCGUUUUUCCAUACGUCAGCAAAGCAUUUUUAACAAAUGUGAAUCUAACGGCAUCACAAAAAAAAUGCACUGCCACUGCUUCACACUAAUGCAAAAUGUCUUAUUUGUGGUUGAUUAGUAAUAACCUGUGGAAAGAAUAAUGACAAAAUCCGAAAAAACGCCACACUUUUAAAGUGUGAGAAUUUGACGCAGCUAACCUUACAACUAAACUGUACCAGCGAUGUUGCAUUGAAAAAAUACCACAGCGUACUCAGUACUGCACACUAUGAAGAGUGAGUUUGUCUGCAAAUGGAGAUCCAUUCUCUCUCAGACCUGCAAACCUUUAUGCAAGUCGUGACAGGCGAUUGAGUAUUUGGGGCUGGUUGGUGGCUCAUCCGGUGCGGCCACUGUUCGAGAACAUGGGCAUACCACUGUUCGAGAACGUGGGCAUGCCACUGUUCGAGAACGUGGGCAUACCACUGUUCGAGAACGUGGGCAUGCCACUGUUCGAGAACGUGGGCAUGCCACUGUUCGAGAACGUGGGCAUACCCCAGUGCAGCCCCACGAGGUGGCACACUGUCCGCGCAAGGCUAGCAUUGUCCAGGGAAGGGAUGACUGACCCCUGCUGGUGGGUUGGACUCUCAGAGCCUGUUGGGCUCACUAUAAUGCAUUUCUUUGCGAGUCCGACUUGCCGUGUGGGGAAAAGUGCCACACACUGGAGAGGAGGGCACACGCUCGUCUGCAAAUCGACAGCGGAAUGUGCAGCAGUGACCAUUGGGGUUGAUUACAAGAUUAGAACUAGGAAUUCCCAAAUGGGGAGGGGGCACACUAAGGCGAGUGAGCUAACUAAAUACCAGUUUAUUUAUGUUUUGGUUAUGACUGAAGACAUUUGUUUGUGGUUUGAUUUUAUGUACUAGCGUGCAGAAAUGUGCCAAAAUGUCCCUCGGCCACAGCAUCCUUCAACAUGAAACCGUUAAUUUGUCAACCGCUUGGAAAGACAGCAGUCAGAGCCGUGUUAGUACAGGACACAUUGGUACGGGCUUAGCCUGGUACAACCGUGACAUUCACAAAAGACACUGGCUUUGCGAAACGCCGAGCUUAGAGAGGGAGACUAAUUACGGGUGCUUGAGAACAAAAAAUCUGAAUGGUAUUACAAGAGCAAACGGGAAAUGGAAGUACACACCAUGUGAAGGACUCAAUUAAGUAAUCAUAGGCUUACUAAGUUCACUACGAAUAUCUUUUUAACUGCUCAUUUCAGAGAUGGUGAAAAAGAAAUGACUGCCUACAUCAAAGCCUGUCCAUUUCAAGUGUAGCAGCUUUGAGAAGCCUUCAACUGUACUGUUUUUUAAGUGGUAAAAAAAAAUCUUGUACUUAUAAGAGGAAAUGAUGUCUUCAGGAAAUCCAGUGUGAUUCAUUCGUUUAAUUAUUUGUCAAAAGAAUAAUUGGUACUUUAUUUUUAAGGGAAGUACAACCAGAGAAUGUUAAUGCUUGCGGGAAUGUUUGUUUAAAGUAGGAAUGUUUCAGGGGAGAAAAAUAGAUGUCCUCAUUGCUUGUGUUUCUCUCUUAUGGAUAAUUUCACGGUACAGUGUCACCUUCUGAUGACAUUGACAGUGGGUUGUGCUUUACAAUCAAUCCACGAAGAAGACCUGUCUAUGGAAAAAUCUAAAUUUGAUGAGCAAGAAAAUCUUGAUAUCCUUCUCAAUCUUCCUUAGAUUCUUUAAUGACUGUAUAUUUCUAUAGGAAUUGAAAGUAUUUCUAAAUUUACUAGACACAGUACCUAAUUAAAGGAAUGCUAAGCUGUUUCUCAUGAGCCUGACUUGACAUGAAUUAUGUUGCCAAUGUAUAUUACUGUAUGUAGUAUCCUAUUUAAACUGACUGGCUUUGAUUCUGAAGAA